GGGGAACAUCCGUUCUAAUGGCGUCAGAGUUCGUGCACUGUUGUCACAUUUUGUCGUACAGUGUUUCAUUAUGUUGCUUUGUUUACGUUGACGUAUUUUCGCGUGAAAACGUGACAAUUUCGCCGGCUCGACAUAUAAAUUGCUUCUUCAGAAGGUGAGAUUGGACCGACCCCAAAGGUCGGUCCUUUGCCCUCUUGAAUCAUUUUGGAAAUUCUUUCGCCUGAUUAUUGUACUCUUUUACAAUAUAUAUAUAUAUAUAUAUAUAUAUAGUUGUGUGACCUUGGAUUCCCUGCGUGUGUCAAAUCUUCUGUAUGAUACCCGCUAAAUUUAAAAAUCCAACCCAAUUAUUACAAAAAAAAUUUAAAGAUGUUUUAAUUAAAAUUUGAAAGAAAGUAACGAAAAAAGAAAAAAAAAAAUGGAAGUUACUCCUGAAGAUGAGGCUCAAGCUGUACUUUUAGAGGGUGUUGAGGGUACACAAUAUAUAACAAUACAUAGAGCAGACGGCGAAUCAUUGGGCAAGGGAAUUCCACUUUUUACACUUAAUGGAGAAAUAAUAUCCGAAGGAAUGGUCGUUGAUAUGAUAAAUGCCGAUGUCACGGGAGAAUAUAACACUACCGCCCAGUAUUAUGAGACUGAAGAUCUUUUACCCCCAGUUAUGACCGAAGAGGAUCAAAGACUCACGGCCGCUUUAGUGGCUGUACAAAUUCAACAACAACAACAGCAGCAGCAACAACAUCAAAAACAAAUGCAAUCAAAUACAAAUUCUGGAUUAACUGAUGUUGUUGAAUUACAAACACUUGAACCAGUUGAUAUUUAUGCUGUUGAUCCUAUUUCCGAGACAAAUACAAAUGUUUAUUCAUCACUUGCUCCCUAUAAACAUGAGGAGGAUAAUAAUUAUAAACGUGAAAAUGAUACUCAUUUAAAUAAUGAUGAGACAAAUAAUUCAUCAUUAUUGUUAAAUACAAAACGUUCAUUACCACAUAAAAAACGUAUAACGAGAAAAUUAAAACAGCCUGGCAAAAAGAAUCAUGGAAAAAAAGAAAUGGGAAAUAAAAUUAUUAAUGAACAACCAAUAAUUGAACAGGAAAUAAUUGUUAAUGAUACACAACAAAUUGCUAAUUUUAAAUGUCAAUUGUGUACAUUACGAUUUUCAAAUCAAUUGAAAUUUUUCGAACAUCUAAAGGCACAUUACGAACCGUUGAAAAAAGAGACGAGCCAAUCGAAGCCAAUUGAAGUGAAAAAUAAUGUUAAAGCAACUCAACCAAUUGUUGAAGAAACCGUUGAAGAAUUUAGUGAAUCGGAAGAUUUAAUGGAAGGCAUAAGAGGCGUUGUGGAAGAAACAGGGGCAAGAAUUGAUUUUGAAACCGAUGAGGAUCCAUUACCGGGAGAUAAUGAAUUAAAUUGGCCGAGUCAUCAGCAAAUGAAAAAUUUAGACGAUAUCGCACGAAAAACAGUUGUUACUGCUAAUGAUAAAAAUGUUAAUGUCGAAAAAAAUGUCAACAUUCCAAAAGCAACCGUCAAAAAGGAACGAAAAAGAAAUCAAAAAAAUCGCGAGGAUCAUACCUGUAAACAUUGCAAGCGUUACUUUAAUUACAAAAAUAGUUUAAUUUAUCACAUGAGAUCGCAUAGCGGUGAAAGACCACAUCAAUGUGAUGAGUGCGGUAAAAGUUUUUUCGCAGCAAGCGCAUUGAAGGUACACAAACGUCUUCAUAGUGGCGAUAAACCCUAUAAAUGUGAGGAUUGUGGCCGUAAAUUUCGUCAAUGGGGCGAUUUAAAAUAUCAUUCAACAAGUAUACAUUCGGAAUUACGACAAUUUCAAUGUGAAUAUUGUGGUAAAGAUUUUGCCCGUAAAUAUUCAUUAAUUGUUCAUCGACGUAUACAUACGGGCGAGAAAAAUUAUUGUUGUGAAUAUUGUAAUAAAACAUUUCGCGCUAGUAGCUAUUUGCAAAAUCAUCGUAAAAUUCACACUGGCGAGAAACCACAUCCAUGUACAAUUUGUGGUAAACCAUUUCGUGUGCGUAGCGAUAUGAAAAGGCAUAUGCAAACUCACACACGUGGUAAACAAGAGAGAAAUUCAUCAACAAUUAGUGCAACUAAUGUUAAUAGUGGUACUAAUACUAAUACAAUAAAUACAAAUACAAUAACUGCCAAUAAUAAAAAUUCAACAACAACAACAGCAACAACGACAAUGACAACGACAAAGAUAACAACGACAAAACUUCCAAAAGUCGAACAAGAUGUUAAAACAUCUUCAUCGUCAACGUCGUCAAUAAUUGCGAGGCCAAAAACAAUACAAGAUCUUGUUGAUGAAUUAAAAUUGGAAGUUGAACCAGCGAGUAUUGGACGUUAUGAACCAGUGGCGUUAGUUGCUCCUGAGGAUAAUCAUGAGAGUAUAUUGCCACAUGCAGCGACUGCUAAUUUGGAAUAUUCACAGGCAAAUAAUCAAGAGGCUGUUGGCAGGGAACUUGAGCCGACAAUUAGAAAUUCGGAUAAUUUCCACUUUCUUUUUAUGUGAAGAAUUGAAAAAAGAAGAAAACUGGAACACUCAAUCAUCAGCAAAUAAUAAAAAAAAAAGAAAAAAGUAUAGUAUAGCAUAUAUUUGGGGGGGACGAUUUCAUAUUAUAUUAUUAAGAAAUUUGUAAAUAUUUACCGACUCCAAAACGACUGAAGAACUUUAUAAUUCACAUCGCCUAAAAAAAGCAAUUUUUUUCAAUAUCAAUUAAUUUUUAAAUGCAAAAAAUUGAUAUAAACAUCAAUUUUCUAGUUUUAUUUUUCUUUAUUCCAGCCAAUUUAGUUUUCAUUAAAAAAUAUUUUGUCAAAAAAAAAAGUACCGAUUUAAACAAAUUAUUAUUAUAAAGAAAUU